AUGACUACUCCCUUCACUCUCACCGAAACCGACCGGCAGAUCCUCUCCAUGACCGACGAGGAAUUCGUCCCGCACGACUGGGAAGAUCUCUCUGCGAUCAUUGCCAAAAACGACCUCGGCGCCCUCAAGCGGAAACCCUCCGACCUCCUCCGAUACCUCUCGUGGUCCAGCACCACCAAAGCCCAGUACGGCACCAUAACCAACUUCAUUUGCCAGGUCCGCCUGAAAUGGCACCUCCCGGACCCUUCCUCUUCCACCCCCGCCGUGGCCAAUAGUGCCUCAGGCACCGCCGACAGCGGCCCCGUCCUGCCCUUUGCGAACCCGAUCCCUUUUGCCGAUCCCUCGGACUACAAGAUCCUCCGCAAUGACUGGCCGUACGGGUUGGCGCCGGGGAUUGUGCAUUUGAUUGUUUGGUUGAGGACGCCGGUUCCGGUGAAAGAGGACGGAGGGGAUUUGACGGAUGAGUCGAGGGGUCUAAUUGAGGGGUUUGUGAAGAGGAUGUUUGUGCGGAGAUUGGAGGGGGAGGGGAUUGAGGGUGCUGAGGGGCGGGUCCUGUGGUUUAAGAAUUGGAGUGCUUUGCAGAGUGUGAAGUCCUUGGAGCACGUUCAUAUUCUUGUGAGGGAUGUUCCGGAUCAUAUUCUAAGGGAGUGGACGGAAUAA